CGCAAACCGACGGUUCAUCAUCUUAUUAUACGUGAAUAAAUAAAGCUUGCAACCUUUGGUCACUAAACCCAUACUGAAGGCAAUUGAAACCAUGGCUACUAAAGCAAACGUCCCCAAAGCUCCCUCCAAAACCAUUGAGGAAUUUCUCCACCGCCAUCCCCAAGUCCGUACCGGCACUGCCGCAAAAGCCGAACUAGACCAUCUCCACGAACACGGCGAUACAUUCUGCGUCAUAAACAAACUCUACAAUAAUGCCAUUCUUCACAAAGACUACGACCCGGACUCUCUAAAACUCAUCUUUGCGUUUGCUUACGUCAACGAUGAGCAAGCAAUGGCCAAUUAUGCAGAAGACGCUGGAGAAGAUGAUAGUGUCUUGUGCGAUUGUGAAGUGGGGAGGGAGGAGGGUCCGGAUCACCACCUUCAUGAGUUUGUGAGGGCUACCGAACCGGAUUGUGAGGUUCAUAAGGGAGAGGAGCCUGAUCCGGGGUGUAAGGAUUGUUGGCCGGUUUAUUGUGGGAGCAAUUGCCGGGGGGUUGAGGGGUUUGAGUGAGGGUCAGUUUGGGAUGUGCAUGUUGGUUGAGAUGAGAUGCAGACGUCGUGACCUUAGCAUCUUAUUCGAUGGCAC